ACAAACCCUAAACCUUUGAAUUAAACUUGGAAUUCCCGCUCAAAAGAGCCCUAAUCCUUUAAAGAGAUGCACUGCAUUGCGCUGCCAGGGGCCUGUAGUCCAGUGUACCACUGCCGCCAUGGUGCUAGGGUUUACUCUCUCGCCUCGCAGUCGCCAUCGCGGGUCUCUUCGUCCGGCUACUCGCGCUCGCCGCCAGGUAGGAGCGAGAGAAGCGAUUUUCAGCGGUUCAAGAAAGAUGGGACGCGGUAUGGGGAUAGGGAUGAGUCUCGACCGCGGAUAUUUGGAUUCGGGAAUAGGAGGAGGCUGUGGAAUCGAGAUCGUGGUGUGGAAGCCGACGAUGACAGUGAGAAAUAUUUUGUUCCUCAGGAUCAAGGAGACGAGGAAGACGAGUCUGAGGAAUCCUCAUCGUCUGACAAUUCUGAUGAAGAGGAGAAUGCCACAUCUAGGCAGCAACCAGCCGUACUUGCUGAGCCUAAAACUCUGGCUAGAGACUUUCUCAAGAAGCUAAGAGCACGGCGUUUAGACGUGGAAUCUAAUAGCAAGGGGAGUUUGUCGCCCGUGAGUGAGGAAGAGAAUGGAUCGCGAUCUAGCGACAUAAAACGCACGCUUAGAAGAAAAGAGAGCAUCGACUACGAAGAAAAUGAAACGAGCAAUCGCUCUGAAAGAGAAGUGAGGGGCGAUUCUACAUUUUCUCGCCUUGGUAAAGGCUUGAACGAUGAAAUAAAGGAAACGGAUUUUAAAAAGAAGCGCAGCUUUGGGAAUGUUAAAACGGAGGAAGAAGUCCGUCCAAGGCGCUUGCCAUCUAACAGUAAGGCUUACGAUUCAGAGGACGAGUACUUUAGAAGAGACAGAAGAGAACGUAAAGAAAAACUGCGCGGGGACAAUAUGGGAUCUAAACGAGACGAAGAAAAAAAGCGGGUCGAUGCCUUCCUCAGCACGAAAAAGUUCCAGGCGCUUGGUGCUUCGCAAGAGAUGAUCGCCGCACUUUCUUCGCUAGAGAUUGUUCGGCCAUCAGAAAUACAGGCGUUAUCGUAUAAACAAGUCAUGAGGGGCAACAGCUGCAUUAUUGCGGAUCAAACUGGCUCUGGUAAAACUCUGGCCUACUUGGCUCCCUUGGUGCAGCGCCUGAGAGAGGACGAGGAGAAAGGAAACUUCUCAACAGCAAAAAAUCCUCGCGUGCUAGUCCUUGCUCCAACAAGCGAGCUUGCAAUGCAGGUGCUGAGUGUGUGCAGAGCCUUGUCAACAACGUGUCCUUUGAAGUCCAUGGUGGCAACGGGUGGAUUCAAGUGGAAAACACAGGUGGAGAAUCUGGCUAGUGGGCCUGACAUUGUUGUGGCAACGCCUGGGCGGUUUCUUCAUCAUUUGGAAGAAGAAACAAUUCAGCUCGGUAAGCUGCAAAGUGUUGUCCUCGAUGAAGUCGACAUACUAUUCGAGGAGGAAGAGUUUGUAGAAGCGAUGCAGCGGGUGAGGAAACUGGCAUCGAAGGACGUCCAAUACAUUCACGUGACUGCUACGUUACCAACUGAUGUUCACGAUAAAAUUUUUAACAAGCACCCGGACUCUGUUCCUCUUCUAGGACCGAGUUUGCAUCUCACUGCUCCUGGCCUCAACGAGAUCCUCGUCGAUUGUAGUGGAGAUGAUGACAGCGAAAAGACUCCCGAAGCUGCCUUUGAGAACAAAAAGAAAGAGCUCUUGAAUCUACUGGGAGAGAAGCGUGUUCCGAAGACAAUAAUAUUCUGCAACAAGAUUGAGACGUGCAGGAAGGUGGAAAACAUACUAAACCGCUACGAUCGAUCGGGUACAAAGCUAUCCGUGCUGCCUUACCAUGCAGCACUGUCGCAAGAAGCUCGACUGCAAAGCCUGCAAGAUUUCCUGAGCUCGCAAAAGCCCGAAGUAUCAACAUUCCUGGUGUGCACGGACAGAGCCUCCAGAGGCCUGGACUCGGUUGGAGUGGGACGCGUCAUCCUCUUCGACUACCCCCGAGAUCCGAGCGAGUACAUCCGGCGCGUGGGGAGAACCGCCCGAGCAGGCGGUGCUGGCAAAGUCUUCGUGUUCGUGGUGGGGAAGCAAGUCAGCCUGGCCAGAAAAGUCAUGGCUCGUAACGAGAAACGGCAUCCCGUGCACGCAGUACCUGGAGCUUCCACGUAAAAAAGCCCAACUUCCGUGCCACUCAAGCCGAGAAUCUAGAAUGGGAAAAGCUACACGACGAGACGAGUACUGUAUACCACAACAAAACACCGAGGUGAGCCACCACCGCUCACAGAAGUUCUUCUCGUCCUGGUUCUUCGCGAUCUAAUCCAUCGUCCUGUGCGCUACUCCAGGUGUUGGUGACCAAAGCGAGCGUCGUGUUUUGACGUGCUUGCUUGGCUUGCCUGGUGCUCGGCCUGUGUGACACUUGGAUUGGACGGGAAGACUAAUAAUUCUUCUCGAAUUCCCAGGAAGGAAAGCUUACAAGUGUGUGGAGCGAGCGAUAGGGGGCGUCAGAGACGAACACGAGGACACCAUUUUAGUUUAUCUCGUUAACGUAACGCAGGACGUGGGCCGUUGGAUUGCAUUGAUCGAUACCGUUGGGAGGGCAUAUUCGCCUCUGUUGUGUUGGUAUGCAAAACUUCGUGUGUCUGGAAUUUUUCCA